GCGAAGUCUCCACAACAAGACAAGACCUGAAUCGACCAGGCCAGUCCAGGCACAGGGCACUAAUCAACAUCCACCACCACUUUCUCUCUUCUCUCUUCCCUCCUUUUUCUUCCUAUCAUUCAGAUGUUUGGCUUCUGUAUAAGCCUUUCCAAGCCCCUCUCUCUAUCCCUCAACUCAAUCCCCCGUUCCCAAUCCUUUAUAUCCCAAAGUCUAAGAUCGCCAGCGUCAGCAUCAGCGUUCUAUACCCACAAAGUGAGCAUCGGACAGAGGAGAAUAAGGAUGGUAUCUACACUCCCCCGCUUACCCAUUUUCGAAGCCCUUGCUAGUCACAAUCCGCGUUCUACGGCUGUGGUUCAUUCGGUCUCUGGCCGCGAGUUUACGUAUGGCCAGUUGUUCAGGGAUGUCGCGGAUGCGAAGGCGAGACUUGGGAGAAAUAAUGAGGGCGUGUUGGAGGGGGAGAGGGUGGCGUUUUUGGUGGAGAAUGGGUAUGAUUAUGUGGGUGCGCAGUCUCUCUUUUCUUAGAUCUUUGAUGCUUUAUUUUUUUUUGUUCUUAUUUUCUUUAUUUUUUAAGAGGGAGGGGGAGGGAGUUUAGAGAGGUGUUAAUGAUUGAUAUAGUAACAUUACUUUCUAUCCUUGGGUCUCAAGCUAUUGCUCUCCCAUUGAGUCCUGCUUUCCCACCGCAUGAGUUGCAGUAUAUUAUGGAUCAUAGUCGUGCUUCAAUGCUCCUCUCCUCCAAGAAAUUCGAGGAGAAAGCGAAGCAGGUUCUGAAUGAGGGACUUGUUGCAGCACCAAAAUUAGUCCAACUUGAGAAGAGACUUGGGGGAAAUGAGUCCGGUGAGGAGGUUGUACUGGAUGGUCCGAGUGAGGGAAAAGGUGGGAUGAUGUUGUAUACUUCUGGGACUACGAAUCGACCGGUAAGUUCCAUUUUAAAAUUUGAAGUAUUUCUUCAGAAAGUGACUAAGCAUGAAUACAGAAAGGAGUUUUACUUCCAACAGCCGUAAUGACAGCUCAAGCCAAACCUCUAGUCCAGGCAUGGGAAUAUACACCUCAAGAUCGCUUACUUCACGUGCUUCCCCUGCACCACAUCCACGGCACCAUAAACGCUAUUUUCGCCCCCUUAUUCUCAGGCUCAACAAUUGAGUUCCUAUUCCCCUUCAACGCAACAGGAGUGUGGAACCGCUUUACCGCUCCAUUUCUGGAACCCAAUUCCACUCAAACCAAUGGCUCUCUUCCUAACGGAUCACUCACAAAUGGGCACAGCCCUUACCACCCAAAACAAAAAAUCACAUUCUUCACCGUUGUCCCAACAGUCUACAAUCGACUCCUCUCAUCAUUCCCCGACCUGCCCCCCUCUGUUCAAACAGCAGCUAAAAAAGCUAUCUCCCCUCAAAACCUCCGUCUCCCCAUCUCCGGUUCUGCCGCUCUGCCAACGCCCACGAAAAAAGCCUGGGCCGAGCUAAGCGACGGGAAUAUAAUUCUAGAACGCUACGGAAUGACAGAAGCAGGCAUGGCACUCUCCUGUGGUCUCUCACCCUCCGACCGCGUAGAUGGCUCCGUGGGGUGGCCUCUCCCAACCGUCGAGGUUCGACUUGUAGAUGUUGAGACCGGGGAGGAGAUCAUGCCAGGUGAGGAGGUGGAUAAAGAAGGGAGAGAGAGAGAUGGUGAGAUCCAACUUAGGGGCCCUACGAUCUUCAAAGAAUAUUGGGACAACCCCGCCGCAACAGCGAAAGAAAUGGUAUCUUCAAACGACGGGAAAGGACCCUGGUUCAAAACCGGCGACGUAGCACGCCGUCGUCCCAUCCCAAACACCGGAACCACACAGUCGUGGGCCAAGGGAUCAAUGUACUUCAUCCGCGGCCGUCUCUCCUCCGACAUCAUCAAAUCAGGCGGCGAGAAGGUCUCCGCGCUCGAGGUAGAAAGAGAGAUGCUCUCGCUUCCUCAAAUCGCCGAGGUGGCCGUCGUCGCGGUACCGAGCGGUAAAUGGGGACAGAAAGUUGGGGCGGUGGUGGUAUUGCAGAAGGGAUGUGAGAUGAGUGAGCGGAAGGGAAAGGAGGGGAUGCGGUGGGGACCGUUGGAUAUGAGGGCGGCGAUGAGGUCGAGAGUUGCGGGGUAUAAGAUUCCGACUGUGAUGAGGGUUGUGGAGGAGAUUGGGAGGAAUGCUAUGGGGAAGGGUGAGUUCUUUUUUUUUUCUUGCUCUUUUUUCUUUUGUUUUCUUCUUGGUUUCUGGUUUGCUUCUUGGAUACAGUGUAGUAUCUCUCCAUUGCACUCACCCACUCCCUCAAUCCCCCCAAAAAAUCGGAAUACAAAACUUCCGCUAACCAUCCGAAAAACAGUCAACAAAAAAGAACUCGUCAAACAAGUCUUCAUCGAUGAUUUCAGCGGUGACGAAACCAACAUUUAACCUCUCUCUGCCCUCCCCCGCUCUCUCUUUCAAAAAAGAAGAAAAACAAGAAAUCAUGUACCAACAUAAGACAAGAAAAAGGAAAAGAAAAAUGCUCAAGCAAUAUAUAGAAGUGUGGAGAAAAAAGUUGGAUAGAUGAAUAA